AAAAAGAAAAAGAAAAGGGAAGAAAGAAAGGAAGAGAGAAGGAAAAGGAACACACGGAUCCAAGUGAGAGAAGGUCAGUCAGUCAGUGUGGAGUGAGAAAGAGGGAGAGGCUACAGGGAGAAUCGUCGCACUCGAGCUUGGCGAUUGGUUCGCACCACCGUCCGCAGCAGCCGCAGCGGCUUUGCUUCGGUUUGGUGAGUUUGAGUUGAUUGCUCGUGUUUCUGGAACUGAAUGAAAUGGCGUGAGGAAUCUAAGAUUUGGAAUUACUAUUUUUUCAUUGCCCUUUUUCUUGUUAUUGGUAACAUAAAGGGUUGACAUUUCUGUGAUAAAGACUCUUGGAUAUAAUCAGUCAGAGAUGGCGAAUUUAGCCAUAACCAGUAUACUGGAAAAGAUGACGGGUAAAGAUAAAGACUAUAGAUAUAUGGCAACUUCUGAUUUAUUAAAUGAGUUAAACAAAGAAGGAUUUAGAGCUGAUGCUGAUUUGGAGAUAAAGUUGUCAAACAUUGUCCUACAACAACUUGAUGAUGCAGCUGGAGAUGUUUCUGGAUUGGCUGUGAAAUGUCUUGCACCUUUGGUCAAGAAGGUCAGUGAGACACGACUAGUGGAGAUGACCAAUAAACUUUGCGAUAAAUUGCUAAAUGGGAAAGAUCAACAUCGUGACAUUGCAAGUAUAGCUCUGAAGACAAUUGUUUCUGAAGUCACGACCUCUGCUGUUGCACAAUGUGUUCUUGUUUCUCUCUCUCCACAGUUGAUAAAGGGGAUAACUAGCCCUGGAAUGACCACAGAGAUGAAAUGUGAAUGUCUUGACAUUUUGUGUGAUGUUCUUCACAAAUUUGGGAAUCUUAUGGCAACCGACCAUGAACUACUAUUAGGUGCACUGUUGUCCCAGUUGAGUUCCAAUCAAGCCAGUGUCAGAAAGAAGACUGUUUCAUGUAUUGCAUCUCUUGCAUCAAGUUUGUCAGAUGAUUUGUUGGCAAAAGCAACUGUUGAGGUUGUCCGGAACUUGAGAAGUAAGGGAGUAAAACCUGAAAUGACCCGCACAAACAUUCAGAUGAUUGGGGCUUUAAGUCGUGCUGUUGGAUACCGUUUUGGAUCUCAUCUUGGAGAUACUGUUCCUGUGCUAAUUAAUUACUGCACAAGUGCAUCAGAGAAUGAUGAAGAGCUUCGAGAAUAUAGCUUGCAGGCCCUGGAGAGUUUUUUACUCAGGUGCCCCCGGGAUAUUUCUUCAUAUUGUGAUGAAAUUCUUCAUCUUACCCUAGAAUAUCUUAGUUAUGACCCAAACUUCACUGAUAACAUGGAGGAAGAUACUGAUGAUGAGAAUCAUGAGGAGGAGGAAGAUGAUGAGAGUGCAACUGAAUAUACAGAUGAUGAGGAUGUCAGCUGGAAAGUUCGAAGAGCAGCAGCUAAAUGCUUAGCAGCUUUGAUUGUUUCUCGACCUGAAAUGCUCUCAAAGCUGUAUGAGGAGGCUUGUCCUAAGUUGAUUGAUAGGUUUAAAGAGAGAGAAGAGAAUGUGAAGAUGGAUGUGUUCAAUACAUUUAUUGAGCUACUACGCCAAACUGGAAAUGUUACGAAAGGGCAGACUGACAUGAAUGAACUGAGUCCAAGAUGGUUAUUGAAGCAAGAAGUGCCAAAAAUUGUUAAAUCUAUAAACCGACAGCUAAGAGAGAAAACUAUCAAGACGAAGGUUGGUGCAUUUUCAGUUUUGAAAGAGCUUGUGGUUGUCUUGCCAGACUGCCUGGCAGACCACAUUGGAUCACUGAUUUCGGGAAUCGAAAAAGCGCUAAGUGAUAAAUCCUCUACAUCCAACUUGAAGAUUGAGGCUCUUAUAUUCACAAGAUUAGUGUUGGCUUCUCAUUCACCUUCUGUUUUCCAUCCUUACAUCAAGGCACUUUCCAGUCCCGUUUUAUCUGCUGUUGGUGAGCGUUACUACAAAGUCACUGCUGAGGCAUUAAGAGUAUGCGGAGAACUUGUCCGUGUUGUGCGCCCAAAUAUUGAAGGUUAUGGUUUUGAUUUCAAACCCUAUGUUCAUCCGAUAUAUAAUGCCAUCAUGACACGCUUGACAAACCAAGACCAAGACCAGGAGGUCAAGGAGUGUGCUAUUUCUUGCAUGGGCCUUCUCGUUUCAACAUUUGGUGAUAACCUCAGAGCAGAAUUACCUGCAUGCCUUCCUGUACUUGUUGACCGGAUGGGAAAUGAGAUAACUCGACUUACUGCUGUAAAGGCAUUUGCUGUUAUUGCUACUUCUCCACUUAACAUAGAUUUAUCAUGUGUCUUGGAGCAUGUUAUUACAGAGUUGACUGCCUUCUUGAGGAAGGCCAAUCGGGCACUCAGACAAGCAACAUUGGGCACACUAAAUUCUCUAAUUGUUGCUUAUGGAGAUAAAAUUGGUUCAUCUGCUUACGAAGUUAUCAUUGUGGAACUUUCGAGUCUGAUAAGUGAUUCAGACUUACAUAUGACAGCUCUUGCCCUGGAACUUUGCUGCACCUUGAUGGCUGACAAGAGGGCAAGCCCAAAUGUUGGUUUGGCUGUUAGAAACAAAGUUCUUCCUCAAGCAUUAACAUUAAUCAAAAGCUCAUUGCUGCAGGGCCAAGCCCUUAUGGCUUUGCAAAACUUUUUUGCUACUUUGGUCUAUUCUGCAAACACAAGUUUUGAUGCUUUACUGGACUCUCUCCUUUCAAGUGCUAAACCAUCUCCCCAGUCUGGUGGCGUUGCAAAACAGGCUUUGUGUUCUAUAGCUCAAUGUGUAGCUGUUCUUUGCCUUGCUGCAGGUGAUCAGAAAUGUUCAACAACUGUAAAAAUGCUCACAGAUAUUCUUAGAGAUGAUAGUAGCUCCAAUUCGGCUAAGCAACAUCUUGCCUUGCUCUGCCUGGGAGAGAUUGGCAGGAGGAAAGAUCUAAGUUCACAUGCUCAUAUAGAGAAUAUUGUUAUUGAGUCCUUCCAAUCUCCUUUUGAAGAGAUAAAGUCUGCUGCUUCCUAUGCUCUUGGAAAUAUCGCGGUUGGCAAUCUCUCAAAGUAUUUGCCAUUUAUCUUGGACCAGAUUGAUAAUCAGCAGAAGAAACAAUAUCUCUUGCUUCAUUCCUUGAAGGAGGUUAUAGUGAGGCAAUCGGUAGACAAAGCAGAGUUUCAGGAUUCUAGUGUUGAGAAGAUACUUAAAUUACUUUUUAACCACUGUGAAAGUGAGGAAGAGGGUGUCCGCAAUGUAGUAGCUGAAUGUCUUGGUAAAAUAGCCCUUAUAGAGCCUGCAAAGCUUGUGCCUGCACUGAAGGUGCGGACAGCCAGUCCAGCUGCAUUCACUAGAGCAACAGUCGUCAUUGCCGUAAAAUAUUCUAUAGUUGAGCGGCCAGAGAAAAUAGAUGAGAUCAUAUACCCUGAGAUCUCAUCAUUCCUAAUGCUUAUUAAGGAUCAUGACCGGCAUGUUAGGCGUGCAGCUGUCUUGGCCUUAAGUACAGCAGCCCACAAUAAGCCCAAUCUCAUUAAGGGGCUUCUUCCAGAAUUAUUGCCUCUUCUUUAUGAUCAGACAAUUGUUAAGCAAGAGUUAAUUAGAACAGUCGAUCUUGGUCCUUUCAAGCAUAUUGUGGAUGAUGGUCUUGAGCUGAGGAAAGCAGCUUUUGAAUGUGUAGACACACUGCUAGACAGUUGUCUUGAUCAAGUGAAUCCUUCAUCUUUCAUUGUUCCCUAUCUCAAAUCCGGUUUGGAUGAUCAUUAUGAUGUCAAAAUGCCUUGCCAUCUUAUCCUUUCAAAACUUGCAGACAAGUGCCCAUCCGCUGUAUUGGCAGUAUUGGACUCAUUGGUGGAUCCCCUUCUGAAGACUAUUAAUUUUAAACCAAAGCAAGAUGCUGUCAAGCAAGAGGUAGAUCGUAAUGAAGACAUGAUUCGAAGUGCUCUUCGAGCGAUUGCAUCCUUGAAUCGCAUAAGUGGAGGAGACUGCAGCCUUAAAUUCAAGCACCUCAUGAAUGAAAUCUCGAAGUCUUCAACACUCUGGGAGAAGUACCAUUCCAUUCGGAACGAGUAAUGAACAGAACAUGCCAAACCCCUGGCCUUCAUGACACUGUAACAAAAAUUUUCCCAGAAAGAAUGAGGAUGAGCAGUAUAUCUUUCCUGUUGAUGCCUGCCAGUUAAGUUUAUCAGUGGAAGAUAAAAAUGGUAAAAAAAAAAAAAAUCUUAUUGCCCCAUAAUACAUGUAGAGGGUAAUUAGAAACUGAACUGUUGGUUAAAGAAGCUUAAUGGUAAAGGGAACUUGAAGACCAUGAUUUAUCUCAAUAGGAAAAUAGAGAGUAAUGGUUUCCCUUGUAUAGGGUUAGAUCUUCUGCAUUUUUUCUUUCUACUCAUUUUUCCUGUUUAUCGGUUUCCAGACCUCUGGUGACAUUUAUUCAAUCUCAAAUUAGGGUUCCUUAUGUGUUCUUGUUGAAUCCCUCUUUUUCUUGAUUGGGAUAUGGAUGAACAUUAUUUUCCAGUUUUGGAAUGGGAGAAGCGGUCUGAAUAUAAAGCUGACUAUAUGAUUAUUUCUGUUGAUGAUGAAUAUUGAAUAGAUGUGAUGUUGGUUUUUU